AUGCCUCAGGAGGGGACCUCAGCCGUGUCCUCCUUGACAGCUCUUUGGGACGACACCUCGAAGUUUGUCACGUCUUUUCAGGAUCGGUGCUAUCAGGUUUCGCUCAAGCUGAGGCCCCACAUACAUGAAUUCCUGGAAGCUCUUGCCAAAACCUAUGAGAUCUUUGUGUUCACCACGGCCAAACAAGAUUAUGCGGAUAAAAUUCUGGACGCCCUCGGGCCGCACAGGAAGCUGAUCAGGCAUCAGCUGUACCAAGAGGACUGCCUCUGUUGCCACGGCUCCUACGUAAAGGACCUGUCGGUAUUGGACAGAGACCUGGACAGGACAGUGGCCGUCGCGACUUACCUGCAAGCGUUCCCUUACCAGACAUCCAACGUGAUACUGAUCCCUCGAUGGCUGGGCGAUCCGCAGGACAAAGAAUUGCUACACUUGAUCCCGGUGCUAGAAAAACUUAGCCAGGCGGUUGAUGUUCGUGCUGAAAUAAAGGUGAAAAACCAUGGCAAGGCGAUGGCUGAGACACAGCACCCUUUUCCAGUAUGAAUGAGCUAUUUCCAAAGUGGUGUUUGGUAUCCUCUCGAACCCUAAAACAUGAUCUCACAGAGAUAUUUUUGUUCUUUCGCCCUGGCGAAUUUUGCUUCGGUUCUAUUGACUUGAAAGUGGAGGCGAU